GAGCGCCUUCACCGGACCCCUCCAAGUCCUGGCCUUCCUCCGCAUUCCCUGUCUGUCUGCCUGUCUGUCUGUCUGUCUGUCUCUCUUUACCUAGGGCGUAGCGGCUUGAGGAAAUCAUGGUGUUCGCUCCAGGUGAGAAAACUGGAAAUGAGCCUGAAGAGGUGAGGUUGCAGAAAGCCAGCAAACAGAUCGUGCAGAAUGCCAUCCUGCAAGCUGUGCGACAAGUCUCCCGGGAGAGUCAGCAGAGAGGAGAGAGAGACAGUGACAACCGGGGUGGUUUCCAGCUGGGCGUGGGGGAAUUAACCAAGAAGCAUGAAAAGAAGUAACACAGUGGAUUUGGCGCUUGUCGUAUGCUUCUCUUCCAGCCUUCCUCUUAGUAUAGGAUGCGUCACCAAAAUGUUGCCACUAAAGCAAACCAAAGUGUCAUUGGCUCCUAGCUGUAGAAUGAAUUCAUACUAGCCCUUGGUUGAGAAACACUGUUUUCAAAAAGUGCAUUAGAUGAUUCUGUUUAUAUUAAUGCAGUGCCUCUGACACAUUUUAGGGCAAAACAAGACACUGUAAUUGCAAAAGGAGUUUUGCAGCACAGUUUAUUUUUAAAGUUCUUUUUAACACAAUAAUUCUGUCUUGUUUAUUUACUUCUGCCUUUUAUGCAUUCCUUCUGUGAAUUUAACCAGCAGUUCCUUUUGCUGUAAUACCGAGUACAGCACUGUGUUCAUUAUUGUUUUAAAAGACUUGCUGGAAAAGGGAAAGAAUGAAGUUUCAGUCACUUUCAAAUAUGGAAUUGAAGGUCAAAUUAAGAAGAGGCAAAAUCUAACACUGAAUUUUAUCAAGGCAUAUGUUUAUAUUACUUUUUAAAAAGGAGGAGUUUAGCUUUUUAAGGACUGUCUUUUAGUUUCAGUUGUUUAAUAGUUGGUGUUUACUCUCUGUGAAGAAAUCAUUUGGAAAUAUUAUAGAUUCUUUUCAUUUCAAAAUUAAAAUAAGACAAGUACAUCUAUACACAUAAGUUGUCAAUGACUCAGUUCUUUAGCAGCACCAUCAAUGGCCGUUAGAACUGUAGAUCCAUCCUUGAGACACACCGUGGUCUGAUUCUGGGGUGCAGUGUCUUUGAAAAGAUCUCUGGGGCCCAUAAAUGCUGUGUUGCCAUCAGGCUAUGCAUUUGCACUAGUCCAUUGCUAAUAAGAACUUUCCUUUUCCCAUUCACAAACUAGAACUAUUUUUUUGAGAUUAUGAAAAUCAUAUAUAUGUCAGAAAUGAAUAACAAAAUGAAGAGACCAUUUAAAAGAACUCUCUGAAGCAUAAAAAUACAGUGGGAACAAUAAAGUGACAGUGUUGUGAAUGCAGUUACAGAGAUAUAUGUGUGUGUAUGAAUAAAGCUCUCUGUUUCAACACUAUGACUUCUGCUUCAUUUCCUUGUGGAUAAUGCAGAUUUUUCUGGAGUCUUUAGAGUCCCAUUUCUUGGGCUUCACGACAGUUAUUGAGUUGGUGUUACUAAGCAAGGAGGAAGAUUUUGACCUGUGUAAUAAACCUUUUGGCUUCAGAGUAUCAGUGGUUACAUUUGAUAGUUUUUUAAAAAGCCAAGUAUUUGUAUAUAAAGUAUGAAUGAUAUUAAGAUAUAUUUGUAAAAUUCCAAUGUUACUUUUUUUUUCAGAAAGGACUAUUGAUAAUAAUACUUAAGUGAAUUAUAAGCCUCUUAUCAGUCUCUUAUCAGCUCUGUUAGACUAUCUCACACAACGCACACAUGGAAUAAAUUCACAGGGAGAAUGGCUGUGGGAGAAAGCA